UCAUUGGUCAGCGACACGCUUCCUGUUUUCAAACUUGUACCCCAACCGUAGCGUGGAGAAAUCAGUCAAAACAAACGACUUGAAUUCAAAAAGUUGUCAGAUUAUGACAGAAACGUGUGACUUAGACUGUUUUCAACCAUGAAGGGGACAGCAAGAGCUAAGGUGGUGACAUCAGGGAGGCUGACAGGAAGGGUCAAAGUGCAGACAGUAAAAAGAAGAGUUCCUUCAAAUCCAGCACCUGAGCCGGCCUACUCUCUGUACUCCACAGACUCUGAAGAACAGGUCACUUCUCUCCAUAAAGGUCUGGAUCGGUGUGCCGCUCUGCUCGGUGGCAUCCUGCAGGUGGAUAAAGAAGAGACUCCACCAAGUGUUCCUGGAGCAACGCAGGGUGCAGCAGCCAAAUCACGACCAUCCCCUUCAAGGACCAUCAGGAAACUCGCUCCACAGACAGAUCAGAAGAUUCGUCGUUCAGUGCAUCGAGGAGCUGCCAGCAAAACUCCCAAAACCCCCCGUCAGCCUGUCACUGCUCCAGCCGCACACUCAGGGGUGAAGCUGCACCCGCCUCGGAGACGUCUGCAGACACCACAGCACCUCUCACAGCCCUCCACGCCUUCCUCUCAGCCUCCUGCAGCUGCACGCGCUCGCGGCGAGGUGGAGCAAGAUGUAGAUGAGUCCGUUCCUGUGAGAGACACCAAUCCUGAGACAUCGGACGCACACACAGCUGUUACGAACACACACACCUGUGCUCUGAAGGUGCAGCCGGAGCAUGCUCAGUGUGAGGAGGACUCACACAGCUGCAGGGAGCAGACCGGAGGGACACAGAGGACGGCUCAGGAUGUGCUGGGAGAGCUCCGAGCGCUGAUCGCAGGACAAGGGAGUGUAGCAGAGACGCUGCUCCGUCACCUGGAGCAGACCCUGUCCUCUUCCUCCUCCUCCUCCUCGCUGAUGAAGGCUGGAGGUGCAGACAUUCAGGCUGAAGCAGAAGUUUCUUCACUGCAGAGCCAGAACACACAGCUACACAGGCGUGUGAGGAGUCUGCAGCAGCAGCUGAAGCAGAGAGAAGACGCAGAGAGACGUCAGCACACAGACUCACUCUCUCACUCAGACGUGUUGAUCCUGCAGGACGAGCUCGCCGUCGCUCAGUCUCAGCUGCAGGAGCUCCAGUGUGACCUCACGGAGCUACGGGAAGCCCUGCAGGACGCACAGAGCCGGCUGAGGGAGAGCGAGGCCCAGAGGACUCUCAUCCAGACAGACCUGGAGACCACCAGAUGCAGGUUUGUGGAGAGCGAGCGAGAGAAGACUGAGCUGGCUUCGCUCGCCCAGAAGAGACUGGAGGAGAUCCAGAGCCUGAGCAGAAGCCUUCAGAGUCGAGAUUCCUCUGUUCCUCCUGCAGUCUCUGACUCUCAGACAUCCAAGCAGCAGCAGCAGAAACUGGAUCCAGCACAGCCCCCGUCAGACCGGGUCACUCAAUACCUGAUGUCUCUGGGUCAGCUGGAACCCACACACACGGACCAGGUGUGUGUGUCUGCAGAGAGAGGAGGUGAAUCAGAGAAUCACCGCCGUCAGCUCUUUAACGCCUCGCUGUCUCGAGUAUCCCUGAGCUCUGAUUGGAGCACGAGAUCCGGCUCGACCUUUGACACCAGAGACGAGGCUGCGUUCAGGGACGGUCUGGCAGCUCUGGAUGCGAGCAUCGCCAGUCUGCAGAAGACCAUGCAGCUGGACCUGAGGAGGUGAUCGGCUUCACUUUAUAGCCUCAAAUCAAACCUUUGUGCAAUAUGAGACAGACGCGUGUCGUCCUGUCAGCUUGUUAUGAAAUUAUAUUUAAAACUUAUGAAUAAAGAUGUUUUUAAACAGA